ACCUCGACUCCUUUCCACUUUUUAAUCUAUUUCUCACUUAUUCAUACCACAAUCUCUCUCUCUCUCUCCUUGACAGAUCAACUCUCUCUUUGCAGCCAUAUGGCUCCUGAAAAGGUGACCGAAAUGGUAUUGAAUGUUGACCUCAAGUGUUCUGGUUGCUACAAGAAAGUGAAAAAGGUCAUCUGUAAAAUCCCCCAAAUAAGGGACCAACUGUUUGAUGUGGAGAGAAACAAGGUUAAGAUCAUAGUGGUAUGUUGUAGCCCUGAAAAAAUUCGUGACAAGCUUUGUUAUAAGGGUGGAGGUGCCAUUCAGAGCAUAGAGAUUAUUGAAAAAUCUGAUAAACCAAAAGAAGCUGCUGAUAAGCCAAAAGAAGGCGAUAAGCCUAAGGCUGCUCCUGCUGCUGUUGAUAAGCCUAAGCCAGCUUCUGACAAGCCAAAGCCGGCUGCCGACAAGCCAAAAGAAGCCGAGAAGCCAAAGCCAGCUGGUGAGAAGCCAAAGGAUUCAGGAAAACCCAAAGAGCCCGAGAAGGCCAAGGCAGCCGCUGACAAGCCUAAGGAGAACGAGAAAGCCAAACCGGCAGAUAAGCCUAAGGAGUCUGGAAAACCACCCGAAGCCGCAAAGCCUAAACCAAAGGAAGGUGAAAAGCCUAAAGAAGCGGAAAAACCUAAAGAUGCAGGUCCACCGAAGGAAGCACCAAAGAAAGCGGAUGCAGGCCCAAACCCUGAUGUAGCGAAGAUGAUUUAUGAGCCAGUACAUGGAUAUCCUCAAAUGUACCCACAGUCCGGUUACCCAAUGUUGGGAUACGGACAAUAUUAUGAUCAAGGUUAUCAGCAUGGUUACGCGAUGCAAGUGGCACCACCACCACCACCAACUUAUGGUGGGUUCGGAUAUGAGCAUGGAUAUAAUGGACACAACCCGAAUAGGAACCAUUACAUGAGUAAUGAUUACGGAGGUGAAGAAGAUGGAGAAAGUUGUUCAAUAAUGUAAAAUGGUGGUUGGAGGCGGUAGGGUGGUCACUUUCAAGAUGAAACCGGUCAUGAUCAAUAUGAUGUUUGAUAAAUAAUAAAGUUUUGGAUUAUCUUUCAUUUCAUGUGUCAAAAACUUCAAAAGUUGGCCAUUAAUCAUUCUGGUUGUAUAUUCAGUACAUUACAAAGACGUUUUGUAUUUUCUUUGUAUAUUGAUGAAGACCUGAGAAUAAUUCGUAUAAGUUUUAUUUGGUUAUAUAAUAAAUCAUUAUACUC